UUUGGGUCCCACACACACACCACUGAGGGACUCAGUAGCUAACGCACUCUGGAUUUCCAUCCACUCACUAUAGAAUAGAACUCUAAUAUCUGUGGAAAAGGCUGUGAUGAAGGAGGCUGCGGAGCAGGGGUCCGUCCAGGGGUCUGUUGUCAUAACUACAGAAUAUCAUGACGACUUCAACAACACAGACACCAGCGACAACCUAGCCUUCUGGACCAAAGAGCCGGAGCCCAGGUUAGGCCUAGUGCCCCGAUCAGGCAGAGGGAGAUGGAUGUGGGCGGGACCUGUUCUGUCUGCUUUCUUCCUAUUGGCUCUGAUCAUCUUUGUCUCCGUCAACAAUGUGAAGACAGACAGCAGGUUCUCAUCAGUAGAAAAGACUGUUGCCAACCUGAGUUCUGCUGUUCAGACGGUCAUCAAAGCUCUACAACACAGCAAGGCCUCAGAGGCGGACUUGCAGAAGGAGAUCGGAAGGCAGAAGUUCACCAUGGAAAUGACUGAACAAAAGCUGGACUCAGUGUCUGAGUUGGUGAAGGGGUUGGAUCAGUUGGAGUCUCUUCGUUCUGCUGUAGCAGGCAUCAAGUGUUCCUUAGACAGAGUCCUGCACAAUGACACAGUGUCAAGGUGCUGUCCACUAGGCUGGGUGGUUUCUGGUUCCUCGUCCUGCUACUUCUUCUCAUCUGACGGGUUGCCAUGGAACCAGGCUAGAGACUACUGCUCCAAUUACAACGCCAAGCUGGCUGUACUGAAGACUCAACAGGACUGGGACUUUGUAACAGGCAGUACCAAGCCGCUGUUCUACUGGGUUGGACUGUCAGAUGAGAGGACAGGACACUGGGAGUGGGUGGAUGGAACACCUUACAUCAUGGACCGCAGCCAGUGGAAGCCGGGCCAGCCUGAUAACUGGGAAGGUCAUGGUCUGGGUGGGACGGAGGACUGUGCUAUGAUACACGCCAACGGAAAGCUGAACGAUGAUCACUGUUCCCGUAGUUACCGCUAUGUCUGUCAGGGACACACACUGAUACACACAUAGCUCACACACUGAUACACACACACUGCUACACACACACACUGAUACAUACACACA